AUGCGGAAAAAUUCUGCAAAUUUCUACAAUUUUUCUGGGAAUCCAAAAAGUUUAGAGCUGACGUAAGUCUUUUUCAAGUUUUUUUUGAUGUUGUAGUUGAUAUUUGAGGUCUUCUGGAGUUAAACGAUUAAAGUGUUCUGUAUAAAUUGAUGUUUAUUGUUCUUAUGAUGUUAGAAUAUGUAAAAAAUAGUUUUUAUUAGUUUUGUGAAAGGGCAUCUUUAUGUUUGGGCUAGUAAAAAAGAUACAAUUCUUUUUCCAUAUUGCAUUUGAUACCAGAUGGCUCGAGAGUUCAAGAUGCUGUAUCUUAAUAAAAUUAAAUGUAAUUUGUAAUAUUUUAUAUUGUAAAUGGUCUCAUAGAUAGCGAGUUACUAUGUUUUAAAUUUAAUUGCGUUUAUCUUUCUAGUUUUUGAGUUAUGAGCUUUUAUCGAUAUUAUACUUGAUAAGUUGGCUCAAAAUUUUAAAAAGUUGUCUCUUUAGGAAAUGGAUCUAACUUUUGAUGAUAUAUACCGUAAAUGGUAUAUUAGGCAUUGGAUUAUAAUAUUUUAAAACGCUUUUUUUUUAUCUUGAAUAGUUUUUAAGUUAUGAGCUUUUCGCAAUAUUAUACUUAAUAUUAGGGGGCCGUAAGUUCACAACGCUGUAUUUUGUUAAAAUUUAUGUAUAUUAUGAUAGUUUAUUUCGAAAGCCCUUUUUGGACAUUAACCUACAUAUUUGUAAAAUAGUUUUCGUCUGUCUUGAUUAGUUUUAGAGUUAUGAUACUUUCCCGAUCUUCCACUAGAUAUCUCUUGAUGCACGGAUGUUUAAACCUUGAUAUUGUUCUGAAAAGCUGACAAAAUUUAUCUGUUUCUUUAAGAAAUCUACUCAAAAUCCUUGCUAAAACAAUAUUAUCAAUGAAAAGCUAUCUAAUCAAGUAUUUUCAGUGUAAAGCUAAACUACGUGGGAACAUCCUUCGGAAACUUGCCCAGUUUUCAACAAUUUACCAAAAAAGUAACCGAUAUUCACCAACGCGGCGUCUGGAAACAUGGGAAGCAGAGCACAUCGACAGAGUAUAAACCGCUCGACAGUAACGCGGAAGUGGUCAUAGUGAAAUGGCAGCAGAAGAUUGGCAAUCCUAUGGUAAGUUGAUUUUGUUUUUGAUGGUUUGUGGGGCAGGUAUGGGUAGGGCAGGGUGUCGUAGGGUAUGUUAAGGCAAAGUUUGGUAGAAUAGAGCAGAGUAGAGUACGGUGGGGAGGGGUAUGGUAGAGUAGAUUAAAGUAAGGUAGGGUGGCAUAGGGUAUUGCAAGGUAGACUUGGGUAGAGUAAUGUAGAGUAGGGUAGAACUUCAUAGUUAAAAAUAUGACAAGUGUAACCUUUUACAGGAAGAAUUGUCAUCAGCAUAUCAACAAGAUGUAGACAUACCUCAAGCUACUGAUCCAACUCAAAAACCUACAGAAGAAGCAGCUUACCAACCUGAAAAUGUCCAAAAUGACACUACAGAAGAUAACAAAGAUGAUGAAGAAGAUAAUAAUGAAAAACAGCAACAACUUGAUGAUGAUAUAGAAGAACAACAAGAUGAUAAAGAAUAUAAAGAAGAACAAGAAGAAGAUCAGAAGCCAGUAACUUUCACAGUAGAUGAAGAGGAUACCCCACCGCCUUCUGACCCACGUCUAGAAGACACGAAAGAUACUGUAGACAGUGGUACGGUAAAAGAAGUCAAAGGAUUUGAAAAGGUCGAAGAGGAUACGGUAGAGAAGGAUACUGUAGAAGAAGGAAAGUCACCCAGAAAAGAGAUUUGGGAACAUAGUCAACCUUCUAGUAGCAGCACUUUUACUGUGUAAGUUAAUUGACCAAGGUUGCUCUGGGAAACGAUAAAUGGCAAGAACUUUCUUUACGAGACAAAAAAUGGCAAGAACUUUCUUUAGAAGACAAGAAAUGGCAAGAACUUUUUUUACAAAACAAAAAAUGGCAAGAACUUUUUUUACGAAACAAAAAAUGGCAAUAACUUUUUUUACGAAACAAAAAAUGGCAAGAACUUUUUUUACGAAACAAAAAAUGGCAAGAACUUUCUUUACAGCUCAAAAUUUUUUAAAUUUUAGACGCCGUCGUAUCUUCACCAUAACCGACUCAGAUCUCCGCCGUUCCAAAAGCACUCGUCGUGCUUCAUCGUUCCAAUCGAAUGCUGAAGAUUCGAUCGCCUUCAGACCUCGAAAGGUGGUACCACUGAGCACGGAUACCCUAAGAAGACCAGUACGAGAUGCUCCGACUAAUGAACAACAAAAGAAACAGAGAAAGGUUGAGUUGGGGACGAGGACAAUGUAUAUCAUGGGGUACUUUGGAGCGUGGAAUGAAGGAUACGACAAGGAUAACGAGAAGAUAUUGUGCGAGAUUAGGCUGAUUGGAAGAAAGACUAUACAGGUAGGGUAACAUAUUGUUGUGUGGAAAUACCUAUCUUAUUCUAGUUAGGCCCUACCCGGACCCCUAGGCCCCUACCCGGACCCCUAGGCCCCUAUCCGGACUCCUAGGCCCUGCUAUACCCAUAGGCCCCUACCCGGAGCCAUACCGGACUACUAGGCCCCUACCCAGACUCCUAGGCCUCUAUCCGGACUCCUAGGCCCUGCUAUACCCAUAGGCCCCUACAGGAACCCUAGGCUCCUACCGGGACACCUGGGCUCCUACCCGGACCCCUAGGCCCUUACCGGGACCCCCUAGGCGUCUGCCCGGACCCCUAGACCCCUACCGGGGACUCCUAGGCCCCUACCAGACUCCUAGGCCCCUACCCGGAGCCAUACCGGGACCCCUACGCCCUACCGGACUUCUAGGUCCCUACGGGACCCCUAGGUCCCUACUGUACUUAAUGCCCUACCGUACUCAAGGCCCAACCGUUCUACAGGCCCAACCGUACUCAAGUUACUUAGGUUCUACCGGAUUCAAGACCCUACUGUACCCAACGCCCUACUGUAAUCAAGGCCCUACUGUACUCAAGGCUUUACCUUACUCUAGUACCUUAGGUUUAGCCGUACUCUAGGCCUAGUCUUACUCUGCCAUAGGCUUUACCUUUCCUAGGCCCUGCCCUACCCGAAGAGUCUAUCGUAAUAUGUAUAUGAGUUACUAUAGUAUACGCCGUACCGUACCUGAGGCCUACUGUAGCUUUGGCUGUACACUAACCUAUAUAUUGUUUUGCAGCAGUUUGAUUUCGUUUUAUCUUAACCUAGCCCCGUCUUACACUAAAUAAGUAUACGUUUCAGAUCCAGCCAGGCCUAGGUGAACAGACGGUCGAAACCAAAAUAGGUACCUAUUCGUGUACCAUAGAAAUACCAGAAGAACUAGAAUUCGACAAAAUUCCCACAAUCUCAACAUACGACGAUGAAGGUCAUGAAGACGAAUAUAAGGUUGACAUUCCACCGAACUGUACCAUCUUAUUGUCAUAUAAUAUUGUCAUCGACAAAGCCUGGAACAUGCCGCAUGAUGGACUGUACGUCGAGUAUAAUAUCGAUGUACCUGAGAACAUGGAUGUGGCACAAGACGAACAACUGGCUGGAAGAACACAAAUCUGCUUUUCAAAGGCUGAGGGCAAGGUAAAAUACGGGUUUUUUAAUGUUACCAAUGUUUAAAGAUUAGGUAUUGAUUAGGAUAUUAAAGUACGGACUAGGGUACAGUAGGCCAAAAGUAUCGUAGGGAUUAGGGCAUUGUAGAUCAUAAGUUACCAUACGAUUUAGCAUACUAUAGGACUUACGAUAUAGUAAGAUUGACGUUAUAGUAGGUUUUAGGGUGGGAGUGUCUUAAGUAAGGCACGGGAGUGCUUAGAGUACGAGUACAGUAAGGCCUAAUUGUAAGGUAGGGGCGGGGUUGGUUAUACAGUACGAUAAGGCGUAGGUAACAGUAGGGCUUAAGAAAAGGUAAGGUUUAUGGUACGGUUGGGUCUAGGAUACUGUAGACCCUAGGGUGCAGUAAGUCCUAGGGUACGGUAAAGUCUAAGGUACGGUAGGGCCUAGGGUAGGUUUGAGCCUAUGUUCGGCAGGACCUAGGGUGUGGGUGAACGUAGGAUACGAUAGGGUGUGGGUACGGUAGGGUCUAGGGAACGGUAGGUACUAGGGUACGAUAAGGUCUAGGGUACGGUAAGGUCUAUGGUACGGUAUUGCGUAGGAUAAGUUAGGGAAUAGGAUACGGUAGGGCCUAGGGUACGGUAGGGCCUAGGGUACGGUAGGGCCUAGGGUACGGUAGGGCCUAGGGUACGGUAGGGCCUAGGGUACGGUAGGGCCUAGGGUACGGUAGGGCCUAGGGUACGGUAGGGCCUAGGGUACGGUAGGGCCUAGGGUACGGUAGGGCCUAGGGUACGGUAAGGCCUAGGGUACGGUAGGGCCUAGGGUACGGUAGGGCCUAGGGUACGGUAGGGCCUAGGGUACGGUAGGGCCUAGGGUACGGUAGGGCCUAGGGUACGGUAGGGCCUAGGGUACGGUAGGGCCUAGGGUACGGUAGGGCCUAGGGUACGGUAGGGCCUAGGGUACGGUAGGGCCUAGGGGUACGGUAGGGCCUAGGGUACGGUAGGGCCUAGGGUACGGUAGGGCCUAGGGUACGGUAGGGCCUAGGGUACGGUAGGGCCUAGGGUACGGUAGGGCCUAGGGUACGGUAGGGCCUAGGGUACGGUAGGGCCUAGGGUACGGUAGGGCCUAGGGUACGGUAGGGCCUAGGGUACGGUAGGGCCUAGGGUACGGUAGGGCCUAGGGUACGGUAGGGCCUAGGGUACGGUAGGGCCUAGGGUACGGUAGGGCCUAGGGUACGGUAGGGCCUAGGGUACGGUAGGGCCUAGGGUACGGUAGGGCCUAGGGUACGGUAGGGCCUAGGGGUACGGUAGGGCCUAGGGUACGGUAGGGCCUAGGGUACGGUAGGGCCUAGGGUACGGUAGGGCCUAGGGUACGGUAGGGCCUAGGGUACGGUAGGGCCUAGGGUACGGUAGGGCCUAGGGUACGGUAGGGCCUAGGGUACGGUAGGGCCUAGGGUACGGUAGGGCCUAGGGUACGGUAGGGCCUAGGGUACGGUAGGGCCUAGGGUACGGUAGGGCCUAGGGUACGGUAGGGCCUAGGGUACGGUAGGGCCUAGGGUACGGCAGGGUAUAGGGUAGGUUUGAGCCUAUGUUCGGUAAAGCCUGGGAUGUGGGAGAUCCUAGGAUACGGUAGGGUAUUAUGUUUUGCUAUUUUCAGCAAGACCUGGUCUACUUCUCCUACCCAAUCCAGUUCAGUCUUCUCUACCGAGCUUACAAACCUCAAACCGACCAAUUCUUCUGGCCACGUAUCCGACUUCGUUGUUUAGCCGAAGACUCAUGGGGUCGAUUCUACAUUGACGGCUAUGGUACUACUUCCUUACCUAUUUGUCCCGUUUCUCAACAAGUCUUGACUAUCUCAACAUGGCGGCCCAAAAACCCGUUUAGCCACUUAGCCAGACUAAGAGAGGGGUUCAUCGGCCAAGCCGUAGACUUGGCCCAGCCUGAAUUCGCUGGUAUAUUAGAAAGUGGCCAACUACCACGAAUAUCGUCCAAAAUUGGCAUAAGCGCGGAGACAAGUGGUACAGUCCAACUGACCGUGUCUUGCCUACAUCAAUGUCGUCAUUACAUACCACAGGACGUGGUGAGGACAAUGCAUUACGAAAAGAUGGUCGAACAAAUUGGGCUGAACUCGGGAUUGUACUGGCGGAUAAGGAAGGUACUGGCACAGUUCGAGGAGGCCAAGAAGCAGCUUAUCAGGCUUCGAAGACGGCCGAUGCAGGGAUCAGCGAAGUUCGCGAGUUAA